AUGGAGAAAACCUGUGCAACAUUUGACCUCAAGACAAUCAUCCUGAUCAGUAUCGGGAGCGGCAUCCUGCUUGUAGUACUUGUGCUGAUGGGGCUCAUCAUCAAGCUUUACUCCAAAGUGGCCACCUCAGCCAAGCCAGUCACGUGA